GGCACUUUGUGUGCUGACAAAGUUAGUCCUUCAGAGAUUAGGAUAACAAUUUUCACAGGAUUUUAAGGAAAGAUUAUCAAGCCUGUUUACUCAAAGUUUUUCACAAAGUGUUUAUUAACAGCUGGCAAUAACUUCCAGUGUUGUAUAGGCUCUGAAGAUAAUAAUUUUUGUCAUGAGAGAUCAGACUUGGUGGAUGAUGGUGUGCUUAAAAUGAGACAUGACCUUUAGAUGUUGCAACUGAAUGAAGAGCAGCCAGACCUGCUGGAAGUCAGCAUCCAUGAUGCAGGGGCUCUGCUGGCAGGUGGCAGCGAAGAUGAGCCUGGGAUUCCUGUGUCUCUUUCUGGUUUUCAGCACAGCUUCGUGCCUAAGAAAAGAAAACAAGAAAGAGAAACAAUUGGCAGUGCUGGCUACUGCAGAGCUGCCUGCAAAGUCCCUGGACCUGGCUGCCAUUAACCUGACAGAGCUGGUGAACGGGAUGCUGAGCACUGCACUCAGAGGUACCAAGAAACUCUUCUCUUUGCUGAGCAUCACCUCUUACAGCUCGUUUGCCUUCCACAAAGUGUCAGUCACCAUUUACAACAUCUCUAAUGCAAAAAAUAUUGACCCUGGCAAGUUCCCUAUGCACCACUGCUACUGUGUGAAUAAUGUGACAAAUGACUUGACAGAUUUUACAGCUCUACUUGUUGAUAUCAUUGGAAACUCCACCAGUUAUCUCACAGAAAUUUUCAAAUCCACUUCUAUUCUCUCAGUGCGUCAGAGCAAUGACUCUGAUUGUAUCUACAUCUGUGUGAUGGCAGGGCAGACAGGGAAAAAUCUGUCUGAUUUUUUGGAAAUACUAGAUAAGUCUCCUGUUAUUAAUUACACAUUUUCCAGAAACACAUCAUCUGACCUGGACCUAGAUUCGAUUUUCUCAAGUUUUGUGAAGUUGCAGGAAGACUCAAACAAGACACUGGAUUCAUCAGCAGAACAUGCGUGGACAUUUAAAUCUACCAGGACCCCGCUCGCCCAGAAAGGAGCAGAAAUUCCCACCGUCCCCACCACGAGGUUCCCGCUGUGGCCAAGGACAGCUGGAGCCAAAGGCUCAGGGUUUCCAUCACCCCACGUGGAUGCUCCCAGGCCCCAGGGCAUGGCCAGACCCGCCCUGAGCCCUGGGGGGAGCCUGGCCCUAUCACCAGCCCUGCAGCCCAGCCUCACUGACACGUCCAUGCUUUGGAUGCAGACAGUGUCUCCACAGGAAGCCAGCAAAGUGAUGCAAACAGAGCCUGAUUUGCCCUCCACAGUGCUGUCUCUGCCACCUUCCUACCGACCUGGUGUGACACUGAAACUGUACUCAGCUACCAGGUGCCCCCAGGGGAUGCUCAGAGAGCCCCGUGUCACCUCCCCUCCUGUCACCCUCGUAGUGCAGAAGAUCAACCCCUGUGUGAUGGAGCUCUGCAGGUUCUUUCAGCUGUGCCUCUGUGUUGGUCACAGAAGAUAUUCCAGAAAGGAAGCCAUGAGAUACUGUGUUGAAUACUAUUCCUGGUUCGUGAAAAAUGCAAGUUAUGUCUGCGAAAGAGUCCAAAGAGUUGCUUACUCCCACACAUUAAAGCAAAAAUGCCUUAAAAACAUCUGUACAUCAGUUUAGAGCACUGAGAAAUUUUACUGCAAGUUGGAAGACUGGUGGCAGUUUUAGUUUUCUUUUUGAUUUCUCAGUGUAAAAAUCAGAAAGCAACAUGUUAUUUGUAAAUAUUUGAAAUCAGACAAGCUAUUAACCAGAUGUUAAACUAGAAAUGUCUUCUCCUCCAAGUCAUUGUAAAAAAUAAUGUCUAAAAAACAGAGAUUUUUAUACAAGUGAUGUAACUGCAAUAAAAACAUUGAAAGUCUUUAAAAAAUUUUCUUUUGUAAAGGAUAUUUACAUGGCUGGCUAAUGAAUGCAAAUAGUUUCUAUUUAUUUUAUUGAUAUUUGACACAUAGUAAUCAAAAUUAAUGAAUGCAAAGUAAUUUAAAAGCAACCUGAAAUACUGAAGAGAAGCAGGACUCUCUGGUGUUAAACACAUGCAGAUUAUCUUCAAAAUCAAAAACUUCCAUUACUUUAGCAAUUCCUGUUGUGCAGUGUCAACCCAAGAAGUGACAGAAUUUUUUGUACUCGAGAUGUAUUUGUGUGAGUUCACCAGGAUUCACAGAAACGUGGAAUUAUAGAAUGGGUUGGGUUGGAAGGGACCUUAAAGUUUUUCUACUUUCAACCUCACCAGAUCAAGUUGCUCAGGGCCCUUCCAACCCAGCUUUCAUUUCCUUGGUAGUCUGCAAAUGACAGUCUGGUGAACUAAAAACCAGUCCUAAAAAAAUGAAAGAAUCAUCAAAUCAAUUACAUGAUCCCAUAGUUCUCUAUGCUGCAGCAACAUUAUGCUACCAUCUACCCAGAGUAUGUCAUCAAGCCAUUAAUACUGUUUUUAAAUAAGAAGUUUAUUUGCACUAUAACUGCUGCACAUUGAUGUUUCACUGAAGAGAGAUGUUCAAAGGCAAAGCCAAGGAGGAAAGUGGCAAUAUGAGCAAUGCUGACCCCUGGGAGAGGUGGGAUGCAGUGCUUCUCUUCUCAAAAUACAUUUUGCUGUUGUGCUCAGUAGUGUGAGAGAAGAACUUCUGUCAUGUCAAAGAGCGGGAUAGAUUGGACUGGUACCAAUUCAGCAGAUAUUGAAAGUUAAGCCAAUGGAAUAAAUAGGAAUGUUAAUACAGUGAGCAUGUGCUGGGAAUAAGACAUGCUGCUACCCAGAAGGACCUCAACAGGCUGAAGAAAUGGGCCAACAAGAACGUCACAAAGUUCAAGAAGUGCCAUAACAUGUCACUGCCAUGCUGUGGGAGGUCUCACCUUGCUGCAGCAGCCUCAGUCUGUGCCCAUUGUCUCUUGCUUUGUCACUGGACACUGCUGGACAGAGACUGGCUCUGUCCCAUUGCACCCUGCCCUCGGGUGUUUACUGGAUUGAUGAGAUCUCCCCAAGGCUCCUUUAGGGAACAGUCCCACCUUUCUUGUCCUCUGAAACAGGAGUCUCCUCCAGCUACAUCUCAUAAGCUCUUGGAGGUCUAUUUCACACCUAAAAUAGCUUAGCUACCUUAGAAGGCAUAAAAUCAGCAGGAUAGCUUCUGUUGCAGAGUUGGAAACAAAAGAGUUUUAAUAAAAGA